AUGUUCUUCUCAGAGCAGUUGCUGAUACGAGAUGGACCACUGGCCCAUGUCUGGUUGGCUGCUAAUUUGGAGAAAAAGCUGACGAAACACCAGCUCCUUCAGACCUCGAUUGAAGACUCCACGAAGGCAAUAGCCCAAUCUUCGACACACAAUUCUCACCAGGCUGAGCCGAUUGCGCUGCGGUUAACUGGCCAGCUUUUAUUUGGUAUUGUGAGAAUAUACUCGAGGAAGGCAAAGUAUCUUCUUGAUGAUGUUUCGGAUGCUUUGUUGCGUAUCAAGACCGCGUUUCGUUCCAACCAAUCGGUGGUUUUGCCAGUCGAGGCUACCACCGUCCAAAGCGUGAGCAAUUUAACACUACCCGACACGGUGACUUCAAUGGAUCUUCUCUACCAAGAGCCAUUGAGGUUCGAUGAAAUAGACAAUGAAAAAACCGGGAAACAUCUUAGUUUGGGUGGAAACAGUGAAUUUUUCUCAACCGCGGCCAAUGUUCCUCUUGACGCAGAUGUCUCUAUCGAAUAUCCAAGGGCUCACCACAACGACGACUACUCUAGCGAACUAAUGAAUGAAGAUGUGAAUCUCGAGCUGGACUUUGAUUUGGGAGAUGAAGAGCUGAACGCUGGUGUGAUGAGGGCUGAUCAGUCCAUCGAGGUGGGUAGAAACGCUGGGGUCAACGCGUCCUUUGAUAAUGACAUGCCAGAUCUUGAAGAUUCGCAUUUCAACCUCCCAGAGUUGACCUUUGAGGAGGAUUUUGAACAACCCGUGACCCCACCAGAAGAGCCUCUUCCGGUUCAGAGAGUGAAAAGGGGCCCAAUUACAUACCUGAAAAACGAUGUGGUCAGAACCAAGAAGAGAAAGCUGAUAGUGGAUAGCAUAAUCGAGAUUCCAAGUGAACAAAUUAGAGUUGCUCAAUUGGAGCUUCCGGGACCUGUCGAGUGUGGUAUUGUUCCUUCUACUCAGGAGAAAUUGGACUCAGUCGUGAGAUCCAGUACAUCUGGGUCGACACAGCUCAAAGAGCUGAGAAGAAUAUGGGAUGAGUCAUCCACAACGAAAAGACCAAGAAUUGACGAAGAUUUGCGCGAGGAUCUACACCAAGCCGAAGAGUUCGAUAUGCCCGACUUCUCCAUCCCAGACCUGGAUUUUGACAUUCCCGAAGACCAUCAUGAUGAACAGCCAGAAGAUGUGCAGUCAGACCUCGCCGAGGAAAACGAUGUUAUUUCGGCUGAUACGGAGUUCCAGACGGCCACCCACAUCAGGAAUCUCACCGAGAACUCUGCCAAAACAACAUUUUUGUCCGUUCUUGAAAGGGAUUCUGAGUCAGGUGAACCUCUUUCUUCCAAACCAAAAGCCCAGGCUGCACGUGCAUUCUUCGAAGUGUUAGUUCUUGCAACUAAUGACUCGAUUGAAGUAGAACAGACGGAAUCGUUUGGGGAAAUUGGUAUUAGCGCUAGGGCCAGGUUACUGAGUAGCUUUGUAUAA